UGCCACCUUCCUUCUAGAUGGAGUAUGACCCCUCCCACAGUCAAUGCCUACUACAUGCCCACCAAGAAUGGCAUUGUCUUCCCAGCUGGAAUCCUUCAGGCACCCUUUUAUGCACAGGAUCACCCCAAAGCACUGAACUUCGGGGGGAUCGGAGUGGUGAUGGGACACGAGCUCACUCAUGCCUUUGAUGACCAGGGCAGGGAAUACGACAAAGACGGGAACCUUCGGCCAUGGUGGCAAAAUUCCUCUGUGGAAGCAUUUAAGAACCGCACGGAAUGCAUGGUGGAGCAGUACAACGGGUUUACCAUCAAUGGGGAGCAUAUAAAUGGCAAGCAGACGCUGGGAGAGAACAUUGCUGACAACGGAGGCCUAAAGGCAGCCUAUAAGGCGUACCAGGCAUGGGUGCAGGAGAACGGUGAGGAGAAGAGGCUGCCAGCAGUCAACCUGACCAAUGACCAACUAUUCUUUGUGGGAUUUGCCCAGGUGGGUGAUGGGAGUGUGUGGUGUUCCGUGCGAACCCCGGAGAGCGCCCACGAAGGACUUAUGAUGGGCCCCCACAGCCCCCCAAAAUACCGCGUCAUCGGCACCCUCUCCAACUCGCCAGACUUUGCUGAGCACUUCCAGUACCCCACUGGCUCCCCUAUGAACUCGGGUCACCGCUGCGUGGUGUG